ACCGUACCAUAUUCAGGCUAUUGUUUUUCAUUGAGAGACAUCAUUCCUAUCAAACGGGAGAUGAUAGAAAUGUUUGGAUGUUCAGAAGAAUGCUGCAUUUGAAGAGAGACUGCGAUUAAAAAGCAAUGCUAAUACAUCAAUAGUGGAUCCGGACAGAAUGGCGCAGCUUAUGCAGAAAGAUGCCCUGAAAAAGCAUCUAAUAGAAUUCACUCCUAGUCAUCCAGAUGUGAAACAGAUCCAAAUUCUGGUUGUCGGACAAAUUGGAGCAGGAAAGUCCAGCUUUAUUAACUCUGUCAAUAGUGUCUUUCAACAAAAGAUCAGAAUAAAUGCACCAGUUGAUGCAUCUGGUGGCAGUAAAAGUCACACAAAAGAACUCAAAGGAUAUCACAUCAAGGGUGAAAAUAAGGCUUUGCCCUAUAUCUUCAGAGACAUAAUGGGCUUAGAAGCUGGACGAUUGGACGGGUCAGAUCCGGAUGACAUUGUCAAAGCUGUUCUUGGCUUCUUGAAGGAUGGCUUUAGAUUUGAUGAGAGAAAGCUCCCUCAAGAUGGUCAGCAUUAUAACAGUAACCCCAACCUCUCUGACAAGGCUUUCUGUUUGGUUUAUGUCGUGGCUGCUGAUACAGUAACAUUCACAGAUGACAAACUUCUUGACAAGUUCAAAGAAAUCCGCCACAAAAUCAGGGAUAAGGGGAUUCCUCAAGUGGUUGUCAUGACCAAAAUAGAUGAAGCAUGUCCACUGGUGAAGAAUGAUCUAAGGAAGAUCUACACUAGCAAAAGAAUCAAAGAGAAGAUGGAGAUGUGCCGUGAUAUCAUUGGUGUACCAAUGUGCAACAUCUUCCCAGUGAAGAACUACCAUGAAGAGAUCGAGACUGAUUAUAAUGUUGAUGUUCUGAUUCUGAAAGCACUGGAUCAGAUUUUUCGUGAGGCCAACGACCAUUUGAAUGAUUGUAGUGGCCACUGACAUUAAAAAAGAUUUACAGAAGAAAGUCAAAGAGAAGAUGCACAUGUGUUGUGAUAAGAUUUAUUUACCAGAUGUGCAACAUCUUUCCAGUGAAGAACUACCAUGACGAGAUUGUUAAUGAUGGCUUAAUAGCUAUACUGACAAAACACAAUAUUAAUAAAUAAAUAAAUAA